AUGAGUUCAAUUAUUUCAAACCAAACACAAGAAACCUUUGAUAUAAAAAUUGAACCAGAAGACUACGACGAUGGCGAAGUAAGUGUCCCCACGGUCCUCGAAGUAAAGCAGGAAGAGGUCGAGAUAGAGCAGGAGGUCGAAGCAGUCGACCAAAGUGAACUGCGACAACCCAAGUCCGAAUUUCCGCGCGACACUAAACCGAAAAAUAUCUAUCGUAAAUCGAAACGAUUCAGCUGUGGGCGGUGCUAUUACGGAACGCCGUUCAAACAUAGGUACCUGGCGCACGUCGGCAUGUGCGAUUACCUACCGCAAAUUAAAUGUGAACAUUGCAAUUUCAUCACGAGAUGGGACCAUCGCAUCACUCGACACAUGAGAGAGUGCCAUCGUACGUUCGAAUGUGAACUGUGCAGUUUUACGGCGACCUCGAAGCACUCUCUCUCCUCGCACCUGGAGAGCCACAAGGGCUUGUUGGUGUGUGAAGUGUGUAACUAUGUCACGAAUAAGAAGUGGCGAUUUGCCGCACACGUUAGCAGUUGCGAUAUCGGUGUUGCAGGAUUUAAAUGUAACCAGUGCAAUUACAUCGGAAGACUGAAGACCAAUUUUAACAGGCAUGUUAGAAUUUGUCACAAUGGACCUUAA